GGGCGUUGAGAGAGGAGCUUACUUGUAAAUCGAGCCGGCUCCCGGCACCCCGGCACCGUAACCUGCGUCGAUUCAUUACAGGCCCCACACAGGCUUUCGUGGGGUAAAGUUUCCUGUCGAUAAGCCCGAGAUGCCCACGAUAAGGCCCAAAUUUCCAGGUGGUGGAUUUGACCUUUAAACUUUGGCGGGACAAGUCGCAUUCUCAACCAGUCGCCCCCCAUCUUGAACCGGGUCGACCCCAACAAGAUGGCACCGACGAAACCCAAAAAGAAAUCCAAGGACAAGGCGAGGGAUCGAGCCCGAGCCAAGGCAGCCGCUACACAACCUGCAAAUGUCAAUCCACGAGAGCUCCUCGCCCAAGCAACCGCUUCCCUUGAAGAAGGCGACCCCGAGACCGCAGCAAGGAUAGCGCUUGUCGCUUACGAACACAUUGGAGAAGGUGGGAGGCAAGCCGGCGCGGCCCUGUCACUUCUUGGCCAGAUUCAUGUCGAACUGGGCGAGGUUGACACCGCGCGCGCAUUCUUCGCUGCCGCCGUAAAGGUCGACGAGGACGGCUCCCUCCCGGAGGACAUUGGUGGUGGACCCGAGAAGUUCCUGUGGCUAGCGCAGCUUAGCGAUGACGGCGGCCAAGACAGUGUCUCGUGGUUUGAGCGAGGGGCCGCCGCCUUGCGCUCCCAAAUCCAGACGCUCACGGAAUCACUCGAAUCUCGGCCCUUGACGCGCGACGCACAGGAGGCGAUUAUAGCUGAGAAGCGGAAACGGCUUGCCGAGACACUCUGCGCCGUGGUGGAAGUCUACAUGACCGAUCUAAGCUGGGAGGAGGACGCUGAACAGCGAUGCGAGACGCUCAUCACCGAGGCGACGAUGCUCGCCCCCGAAUCCGCCGAGACGUGGCAGACCGUUGCCAAUGUUCGCAUCUCGCAAAAUAGGACGGAGGAGGCACAGGAGGCUCUGAAGCGAGGGUUGGGGUUGUGGAGCGACCUUGCGCCUGAGGACCCUGCCGUACCGCCCUUCCCGUCGCGAGUUAGUCUCGUUAGGCUCCUGAUCGAGGUCGGUAUGGAGAAGGAAGCGGUGGAUGUCACCGAGCGCCUCAUAGCUGAAGACGAUCGGAGUGUGGAGGUGUUGUAUCUUGGCGGGUACGCCAAGUAUAUCUCGGGCGAGACAUUAAAGACCCAGGGGCAGGCUUCAGACGUUGAGACUUGGAAAGCCUUCUGGCGGUCAUCGAGGAAAUGGCUUACGCAAUGCCUCAAAGUCUUCAAACAGGAGGAAUACGAAGACGAGAGGCUAGGGGAGCACGCGCAAGAUUUGCUCAACUCCAUCAAGAGCGAACUUGGCGAAGGGGCCGAAGACGGCGAGGAUGGCGACGCAUGGGAGGAUACUGACGACGAGGAGUGGGAAGGUCUAGAUGACGACGAGGAUACGGAAAUGAAGUGAUGUGUUCCUAUUCCUUUCUUGCAUGUCGAGGGCCCACCUGGUGAUGGGGACCGGUUACAUGUCCGCCGAAUUUGCGGCGUGCCCAGGCGUUAGGAUGGAAAAUUAUUGUUGAUGUUUUAAAGUAUAGGCAGUGUGUGUGCCAGAAACCUUUUUGCCGGUCGUCACAUAUGUUAGAAAG